UAAUUUUAUCCGGUUUGCUCAUGCGCGCUGAAGCCCGCGGAGGAAAAAACCCGGAGAGCCGCCCGGUUCUGGAGUCGGGAGAUGUUUGUUGGAGCACAAACAGCCGCUGUUUACAUGUUGAAACGGAAACGGAGUUAAAAAUGAACUUUUCUCCGUCUGUUGUCUGAAACUGCUUUUUUACUUACAGACAACUAAAGAUGUUUGCGGGACUGAUGGGACUGGACUGUCACCGGAAGUCCAGGUUUCACCACUGUGGAGCCUCAGAGGGUGGCAAAGCAUCAGGGACAGCUGGACAUAAGAGGCUCCACCGAAGACCGGGGUGCAUGAGAGGAGAGCAGACCGGACUGCAGGGUGCUGCUCGUGCUGAGGAGGAGGAGGAGGAGGAAGAAGAGGAGGGCAGCACUGUUUGCAUUAGGAGUGAAAAAUCUGGAUGUCCCGCUGAGGCCACGCCUCCUCAAGUGUCCUUAAUGAAUCAGCAGCGUUGCAACAAACCAACAUGUAGCACCUUCAACAGGAACCACUUCCUGUGUCCUGGGAGACGUCCCUGUCCCUCAGCAGACAGAACCUCAACCCAUCCGGCUCAGUCCUCAGAACCCAGCUCGAGUCCGAGCCCCAGCAUUCACUCUCCCCCGGAGGACUCCUUCAACUCCAGUUUCAGCUUCAUCCAGCAGUCUUUAAGCUGCAGCCAGAAGGCAGAACCAGAACCACUGAGUCCAGAAGCAAAACCGUCCACUUUCCCCGCUGAGCAUGGUUUUCCAAAGCAGUCCACUCCCGUCCGACCGCCGCCAUCCUGCGCCCGAGCYGAACAGGUCCAGAAGGAGGAGAGUCCACCCGGAAGGAGACUCCUGCCGGACUGCGAACCCCGGUCUCCAGACCUAGAGGUGGACUCGGACACCGCCUCUGCCUCCUCUGUCACCUCCGGCUACGAGAGCACCACGCUGGCCUCGGAGCAGGGCUGGGACGGCCUGGUGAGGAAGUACGAAGGCGUGCUUCAGGACUGCCUCCAGAACAACCGCACGUACGCCAAGAUCGAGUCCWUGAUGUUGAAGCUGCAGAGGCUCCAGCAGAAAGCCAUCCUAGACGACGACUACGACGCCGCCGAGCGCUUCGGGAACAAGCUGGAGGAGCUGUGCAGGGAGCGCGGAGCUCUCAGGCUGGGUCUGCCCUCCAGGCAGCCCGGCGUGGCCUCCUUCCUGGAGCGGCUCAGGCAGGUGGUGCACGGCGCCCUCCAGAGGACGGAGCACCGCCAGCACAGAGAGGGGGCGGAGCCAGGACUAGAACCAGUGGAUCAAGCCGAGCCACUGCAGCAAAGAGACCAUUUGAUUCAGGAGAAGCGGCAGGUUGAGGAGGAGAUGGCGGAGCUGCAGCGCAGGCUUGCGGCGCUGCAGGAGCGGAGCCGGGUCCUGGAGCAGCAGAUCCAGCGGGAGGAGCAGCAUCUGGAGGCCGAGGAGCUGGAGGGCUCCGUGCUGCGGAGCUGCACCGCGGCCCAGCUCCGAGACCUGAGCCGGACCCUGCAGGACCUGGUCACAUCCGAAAGCCGCUCGCUGAUCGCCGUCUCCCCUCCACCGUCCACGCUCAGGCUUCAGGAGCAGGAGCGAGCUCUGAAUCUGUCCAUCAAGGAAGCUACAGCUAAAGUGGUCAUGAGUCAGAGGCUGGGCAGCAGCCUGAGGAGGAAAGUCAGCGAGACUGAAACGCAGCUUUUGGCUCUGCAUGAAGCCAAACUGGCGGCCAUUUCUGGUAACGACUUCGGCAGCGCCAAGGAGCUGAAGGCCGAGAUGAAGGCGGUGUACCUGGAGCGGGACCGGCUGGAGGCGCUGGUCCAGAGGCUGCAGAGCCUCAGCUCGGGGAGCAGCCAGGAGCUGGGCCGCAUGAAGGAGCAACGGCAGCAGCUCAGGCAGGAGCUGGAGCAGAGGGAGGCCCUGCACGAAAGCCGGCUGAAAGAGAACACCGUCAGGUACAUGGAGCUGCUGGAGGACCGGCUGCACAGGACGUGUGCAGCGAGGCCGAGGCCACAGACCUGACGGAGCACUGCGAGCUGAUCAGCGACAGACUAAUCGCCUUGGAGGACGAACUUCAGACGGCUAUCCUGAACCGAGACCUAGCCCUCACCCAGUCUUUAGAAAAAGAAGUUCAGGAAGUCAAGUCCACUUUACAAGCUAUGUUUGCACAACUGAAGGUGGAAGGAGAAGAGCUAAACGACCAGAUACAAAACGGAACCGAUGAUGAUGAAGAGGAGGAGGAUGAAGAAGAGGAGGAKGAAGAAGAGGAGGAGGACCAGUAUUUUAGUGACAGCUGGGACAUUUGAGAUGCCUGAAGGUUCAUGGACAAAUAUCAGUUUACUGUAACCUCACUCAAACCAGCUGUUCUAAAAGUGACAUUUUAUCAAAACUAAAAAAACAAAAAGCGUUUUGAUACGAAUCCCUUCAUUUACGGCACUUUGUUGUAUAAAUUAGCUGCAAAGCUCCGACAGUCUUGCAGCUGUUCCAACCUUUGGACACUUCACGUUAAACACUUUGGAUCUUUAUGAAGACGAGUCUCGUCCUAAUGAGCAGUUAGGUGACAUUUUUUAUGUCUUUUUUUAUUAUUCUCUGGUCAUUUUGCUGCCAUGUUGCAAACCAGCUGAGCUGCAGAACUGUGACAUGUAAAGCAGCAGCCUGUAGCUGCAAAGGACACGAAGAGGACAAUCUUAAUUAUUAUUAUUAUUUGUUUGUUUUACGUUGCACUUAAACUAUGCUUCGUUUUUUUAAUUGAUCAGCGAACCAAUUUGAGUGUUUGUUCCUCUGAUAACUAGUUUGUGGUGCUAAAAAUGUGAGCUAACUUGAAACACUUUAUCUUCUUUGAAUGGAAAAUGCAAUAUUUAAGCCUGGAUCUUGUUGGGAAAAUGUUGUUUUUUUUUUUGUUUGUUUUUUUACAGCUGGGAGUUGCAAAGGCUCAUUUUUAUGUCACAGUAAUUUUAUACAUGUUCAAAAAUGAGCGAAACCAUUUGUUUCUUGUAAUAAUCAGUCGAUGCAGGCGUCUGGAACCCAUUUAAUUGUUUAGAUUUGAGACUUUUGCAGAAAAAUAGAUCAAAUUAGAGCUGAUUAGAAACAAAAAACUGAUUAAUUGGAGACAUAAUACACUUUGGGGCUGAUUUAUCAAUAUCUUAGACAACGAGUGCUAAAUAGCUGCGCAAGUAAAAAAUAGCUCAUGCUAAAAGUGGACGUGUUGCAAACGAUUUACUAAGAUUGCAGAAAUGAUAAGAGGCGCAUGGUGCAGACUUCCCUGUUGAAAUGACCCUUUCCAGCCUUGACCCCCCAAAACAGUUGGUUUUUGUUUGAUUUUUAUUUAUUUUUUACAAACUUUUUUUGUUGCACAUUUAUCUUGAAUUUSGAUGCAAUAAAUUAAAAUCAAAUGAUAAACUGAUUUUAUACAGUAAUUUAAGAACCAUGUGAAGUUGUUUGGAUUAAAUUACCCAGAAUUUCCCGUUUUGCAUGUAGACAAACAUACAGGACAAUUUUUUGUAUUUAUUUUUUUAAACCUUGGUUCACACGGCAAGAUUUUAAAAAUGUUGGUUGAUUUUUCAUAACCAGAGAUAGCAGUGUGUGGUGUGCAGACAACAGACCAACAGAUUCACCAACCUUCAGAUGUCAGACAGGAAGUCUCAUGAGAUCAAACGUGAGUUCAACAUGGCCGACGAGGAAGAAGCAUUGGUGASAGUUUGUGGACCUUUUAAAAGAAAAGAAAAGUCACCUCUCUUUCUGAUUGGCUACAUGUGACAUUCAACAGACUGCGARCUCGUUUGUCCUCGGGAAACACCUGAGCACGCUGGGACACCGGGCCAAGAGGACCCAAUAUGCUAAAUAUCCCCAGUUUGAGACUGGAGCGGUCCUGAUGUCCUUCCAACAGGAGCAGAACCAGAAGGGCGGCACUUGGCRCCCCCAAAUGAUCGACCAGUGGGCUGUGGUUUGUUUGUUUACAAAGUAAAUGUACUUAGUUACUAUAAACCUCUGUAGUUUUGCUCUUGUUUUAUGUAGUAUUGAUAAAUCAGCCCUUUUGAGAAUAAACAAAAACAUACAUUUGCACAUAUUUAAAUAUUAUUCGUCUCUAAGAUAGAGGGAGUUUUUCUCACUGCUGUUUGUUUUAAAGUUUUAUAAAACUGUCUGAAUUGGUUAUUUUAUUUUUAGAAUAAGUAUAUUCGCUGGGCGCCAUGCGUUUUUUUUAUAUUUACAUUGUAUCCUGAGCUCACUAUAUGAUGUUUUAUAUUUAUUCCUAACAGCUUGUCACUAAUUACAACGUGCCAUGUUCGGUCUGAUGUUGUGUCCUGCUGUUUUCUUCUCGUGUUGAAUUAUUUCUCCUCACGACACAUAAAAUGUGCAGCCAGGCGAGCGAGGGCAGUGGCAUGUAGGAGAUAUCAAUAAAGGUCCUCUGGUGGGGUCUUCAAUGCA